AUGGCAGCGGUCGAGACAGUUAAAGUGGCGGUGGUGAUCGAUCCUACGCCUAAUAUUAUACCUUGCUCAAGUACAUUUACGGCUGAGGAGCUGUGUAUAGUUUUGUGCAAGAAAUAUAACAUUCCACCACUGACGCGUACGCUGUUUGCAUUACGGAUCAAAGGCUCCGAUUAUUUCCUCAAAGAUAACAGCAAAGUUCUUUCAAGUUCACGAGAUUAUGAAUUGAGAAUACGGUUCAAGGUUCCACGUCUUGGACUUUUGAUAACAAUUGAUGAGACUACAUAUGAUUACUAUUUUCAACAAGCCCGAAAUGAUGUAAAUGAAAACAAAAUACCUGAAAUAAAAUAUCCUGAGCAUAAGCAAGAACUGCUGGGGCUUGGUAUUGCUGAUAUGACUCGUGCCAUAUUAGAAGAAAAAUUGCCUUUAAAUGACGUUGUUCGGAAUUAUAAAAAAUAUAUUCCUAAGGUGAUAGUCAGAAGACACGGGCCCUUUCCUAAGAAAUACGCCCAUGAUUAUUUACCACAGCUGUGCUCAGUUGGUCACAACGUGAAUUACGUAAAAAAUCUCUAUUUACAACAAUUAUACGGGCUAGCACCGAAUUAUCUCUCGGAGGAGUUCGAUAACGUGCUGUGGCAAAAUGGCGGCGAUGUUGUGCCGGUGCGAGUGAUUGUCGCCCCAUUCCACCCCCACCAUCCAGGGAUACGACUGUACAAUACUUUGAAGCGAGAUUGGUUUCAUGUAUGCGCUAUUGAGGAGCUGAUAUAUUUGACAAGAAAUGGCGAUAAUUGUUUGGAAGUGUCCCGUAGAGGAACGCCACUGUUUUUCAAAUUCAAAUCUGAAGAGCAAUUGUCGUCAUUUAUAUCCUUAUGUGAUGGUUAUUACAGGUUAAUGGUGAAAUGGACAUUCAAUCUCUCAAAAGAUGACGAGACGCCUUCGUUGAAAGAAUUACAAAGGAUAAAGUGUCAUGGUCCUGUUGGCGGUGCAUUUUCAUAUCGAAAAUUAGAUGAAAAGCGUAGCAAAAAACAUGGCUGCUACAUUUUGAGACAAUGUCAAGAUGACUAUAAUGUAUUUUAUUUGGACGUUUGCUCAAAGAACGGUACAACAGAGACGUACAGAUUGGAAUUCAUAGGUCACUGCUAUGUUUUCAAUAAGGAGGAAUAUUUCAGCAUUGAAAGGCUGGUCAGCUGCCAUCAGAACCCUGAAGGCAGGAUAUUCUUGAACGAGUGUAUACCACCUUCAGAAUAUGACAAAUCUCAACUUCUUCUCUGUGGUGAACCUGUGAAGAAAGGCGUCCGGAUAGAUCAAGCUGAGUUGCAGGAGAUAUUGAAAGAUAACAAGAGUCCAAGGUGUUUGCCCAAUAAGGACAUUUUACUUUACACAGGUUCAGAGAAAGUUGGUUCAGAAAACAUCACCGCCACGUACAAAGCUCUGUGGAGACUCGAUGAAACUAAGAAACUUUUAGUUGCUUUCAAAACUUUGCAGCGGGAUAGGGCCAAUGAUUAUCUAAAGGACUUCAUCGAGCUAGCGAGCAAGUGGGCGUGCGUGCAGUCGAGCGCGAUCGUGCGGCUGUACGGCGUCACGCUCAGCUCGCCCACCGCCAUGGUCAUGGAGUACCUGCCGUACGGGCCCUUCGAUGUUUACCUCAGAGAGAACUCGGACCAGAUCAAGCCCCUGCAGCUGAAGAAGGUGGCGGCGGGGCUAGCGCGCGCGCUGUGGGACCUGUCGGAGGCGGGCGUGGUGCACGGCGGCGUGCGCUGCGCGCGCCUGCUGCUGGCGGCGCGCUCGCCCGCCCGCCUGGUCGUCAAGCUCAGCGGGCCCUCGCUGCGCGCCUACACGCAUCGGGAUAUUCACUGGAUGCCGGUAGAGUUUUUCUCAGAUAUGAAUCUCGCCAAGAGGUCGGUGGUGGGUGAUAUUUGGGCGUUCGCUACGACUUUAUGGGAAGUUUUUUCCUAUGGACAGUCUCCCGCCGACACCAACCCAGUAUUGACGGCGAAGAGUUACGAGAUGGGUGAUCGCUUGAUGCGUCCGGCGCGCUGCCCGGGCGAGGUGUGGGCGCUGGUGCGGCAGUGCUGGUGCAGCGACCCGCUGCGUCCGCAGGAGAUCAUGCGGGACAUGAACCACAUGCUGCAUAGAGAAUAUGUACCACUUCACGAAUAUGAGGAGCCAAAGAUUUCGCUCGAUCAUAUGGAACAUGCAGAAACUGUAUCCAGUGACAGAUUCAUCCCAAGCGAACUGAGCGAUGCGGGCAGCAACAAGUCCUUGAUUUCAGUAGACAGCAGCGCGCCCUCCAUGAAUGGCACUAUGUCCGACCAGUAUGACAACCCUUUCGCAGACAACAAGAGCAGCAACUCGCUGGAGAGCGUGGACGCGCUGACGAGCGCGCUGCGCGGGGGCCCGCGCGCCGCCAGCGCCGCCAGCGCGCGCGCGCCGCCCGACGACGCCGCCGCCGCGCCGCGCCUCAUGGAGUCCAUCGUGUCGCAGGGCAAGACCUACCUGGUCACUGUCACCAAGAAGAUAGGCAGCGGUAAUUAUGGUCACGUAUUUAAAGGCUGGAUGGAACGAGACAACCAAGAAUCUCAAAGGAAAGAAGUUGCUGUUAAAAAGUUAACAAGACAAGCAUCUGAAAGAAACGGCAGUCUUUAUGAAGACUUUAAAAAUGAACUCGAAAUUAUGAAGUCUCUACAACACAUAAAUAUAGUUGAAAUCCUCGGCUAUUCGUGGGAUCACGGGUCAGACGUGCUCAUAGUGAUGGAGUAUCUGGAGGAAGGAUCGCUCAACUACUAUCUCAAGUUCCAAGGCGACAAGUUGCGUAUAUCUCACCUAAUCAAAUACGCUAAAGAUAUUGCUACGGGUAUGGAUCACGUAUCGGCUAAGAACGUGGUGCACAGAGAUUUGGCCACUAGAAAUAUUUUAGUGGUCAACAAAUAUCACGUUAAAAUAUCUGACUUCGGUCUCGCUCGGAUCAUACCAAAAGAAGAGAAUGCAUAUAGAAUCAAGACUGAACGACUGUUGCCUAUCAAUUGGUAUGCCCCGGAGUCCGCAGUGGAGCCGUGGCACUUUUCCUCCAAAAGCGACGUGUGGUCGUACGGCGUGACCGCGUGGGAGAUAUUCACGCGCGCUCGCCAUGAGGUGCCCAAGUUCGAUGUGGAACGGCCUCGUGAGAGGGCUUCUUGUUUCCAAAUCCCAGAAAGCUGUCCAUCAGAAAUAUUUCGCCAUCUUAUGAAAGACUGUUGGGCGCUCGACCCCAACUUGCGGCCGAAGUUCAUCGACCUCGUGCACAUGUGCAAGCGCUUCAUGGACGAGUACAAA